AUGUCGCUCGUUUUAAAUUUUGCCCUUUCAGAAGAGAAAAUCGUUCUACUGCUCUUCCUGCUAAACGCUCUUAAACGGUGGAUCUCCAGAUUUGUACAAGACUGGAACACAAGGCUCGCUGACUAUAACUCAAUGGUAAAGAACCUGGAAAAGAGUGUACGAGAAGGCAAGAAACGUUCGAUCGCUUUGCCGGCCGGCCUAUCCUCAACUUCCAUCGCCUUUUCUCUCCCCGCAAGCAGUAAUCCGACAAAGAAGCAUCAGCGUCCGUCGGGGGUGGAGGGCGAGACGCCGCAGACCGCACCCAGUUCCAGUGCAAUACAGGCUUCGAAUACAGGUGGUUCUUCCCAUACUUCCUGCUUCUUGCCAUUUUCGCCCCUCUUUGCCCGCCCC